CUUUUUAUUUUGCGUCAUAUGAGGAAGUAACCGGGUGGUUAAUUAAACGCUCGGGUUCUUGAUAUUGUGCCCAUUUUCAUGCUUAUUUUUCGUGAAGCCGUCUAUUAUGUCUACCACGCACCCUAAACAAACUGUUCAUAAUCCGGCUAUUCCCUUCGCUGGAACGAUCCUCGGAGGACUAGAGCCAGGGGAGAUGGUCCUUAUUCAAGGAGCAGUUCCAAAAGAUUGCGACAGGUUUCAGGUGGACCUUACUUGUGGCAACAGUACAAAGCCCAGAGCGGACGUCGCGUUCCACUUCAAUCCCCGCUUUAAGCGGUCUCCUUGCAUUGUGUGUAACACGCUGCAGAGGGAGAGCUGGGGCAAGGAGGAGAUCCUGUAUGAAAACCCCUUUAGACAGGGGUCCAACUUCGAGGUGAUCAUCCUGGUGCAGAAAGAUGUGUUUAAGGUGGCAGUGAAUGGUGCUCAUGUUCUGGAAUAUAAACAAAGACUGGAUUUGGAUAAAGUGGACACACUGGCCAUCUCUGGAAAGGUUACCAUUCAUGCCAUCGGCUUCAUCCCCAGCUCCAACUCCAGUCAACCUUCAGCUGGUCUAGUUAAAAGCAGCCAACAAGCGAAUUCGGUGCUUUCAGUGUCAGAUGACUUGACCCUCCCCUUCAGGGGCCAACUGGUCAAGGGCCUGAGUGCAGGACACACCGUCACAAUCAAAGGCCAGACCAGCCUGUACCCACACAGCUUCUGUGUGAACCUGAGAGUGGGGAACACCGAGGACAUAGCGCUUCACCUGAACCCCCGCAUAAAGGCAGGGGUAUUCAUACGGAACUCCUACCUGCAGGAGUGCUGGGGGCCUGAGGAAAACCACCUACCCGACUUCCCCUUCGUCCCCGGGGAAUACUUUGAGAUGAUCAUUAUGUGCGAGGCCCAGCAGUUCAAGGUCGCUGUGAACGGGGUCCACCAGCUGGAUUACAAGCACCGUGUCCAGGACCUGAGCUGCAUCAACGAGCUGGAGAUCCUGGGAGACCUGCAGCUGUUGGACGUCAAGCUGUGGUAACCCUCGACCCUGAAGAGCCAGGCUUAUGUCCCAAUUAUCGUUAAUUAUCUCCCAACGCGUACACACUUGUUUUCCCGUUCACUGAUAAGACAGGUAAUUACUGGUUUAAGAAAUAUGGUAGUUAACGUCUUUGAGGCUGAUCCUUUGUCAAUCCACUGCUUUGAAGGGGAUAUUACACCCCCCCCAACCCCCCCCCGCCCGGCCUCACUGAUCUGGAACCGAGAAAGAAAAUGAAUAGCACACGCCGUCACAGGUCUAGGUUUGACCUGAGUGUCCGGGAAGCCCCGUGGACGAUGCUAAUUGGCUGGCAUAACCCAGGGAGUCAACAUACUCAGGGAUUUCCUGGCCUCAUUACACUCAUUCCAGAGGCCAAAGUGCGUGGUUUGGUGCCGAGGAAGAAGACAUGCUGUUAUUUGUUCAUCUCUGAUCCAUUGGGAGUUUCUGCAAUGACACAGGGCCAUAGAUAUAACUGGAUGCAACCAAAUUAAAGUGUGGGGGGGGGGCAUGUUCUUCCUAUGUGUUUGGUUUAAUUGUGACAUUCCGUUUAUUAAUGGACAAAUCGGAGCUGCCCUGAUCAAGUAUGUUUGUAGAUGGGGUUGAAGUGGGUGUGGGUCACAUGAUAAACAGGUGUGAAUUAAUCAUCAUCAUCAUUAUUAUUAUUAUUAUUAAUUUGAGGCAGCUCGGGCGAGGCGUGUGAAUUGUGAGGGAGACUAUGAUCAGAGCUGUAAUGUCAUCUCAAUAGAUCAAAAUGGCAACACAGUCCAUCGAUCAAUUGAUGUUUAAAAGUACGCUUUACCCUUUCAACUUUACAGCCCUGUAAUCUGAGGCACUUCUCUUACCUGGUUAUCUAACUUACCAGGAUUAUUAUGUCACAUGACGUGUAUAGAAAACGGAUGAAAGCUUUUCUUGACUAACGCAGUUUCAGGUUUUGCACCGCUACUCCUUUAAUUAAGUAGGACUUAAUGUGGGGUUUUUAUACAAUAUAUGACUAUGCAGUACAGGAGUGAGCUUGUGCAUGUAAUUCUUUGUAUCCUUCAGGAGGGGUUUUGAAUGACACCUGCUCACAAUUAAUGACUGACCAAGAAUGUUGUAUUAUAUAUAUGUUAUGAAUAUUGUGCAAACUGUGGCUAAACAAUCAAUUGCUCAUGAAGCAACUUAACUGCAAUCAGACAGUGGCAUCAACCGAGAACAACUGUAAGCAGUAGCCCACAAGCUUUGCCAGAACUAAUGACUUAUGUACAUUAUAUAAAUGUAACAGUAAAUAAAAAUGUUCCCCUAUCAA